AUGGCCGCUGUUGCUGAAAACGGUCCCGUACCGGUGAACGACGAGAACACCGCGCCCACCGUUGCCGCCCCCGAGCAGAAGGAGGAGACCGAGAAGACAAAUGGCGACAACAUCACAGUGUUCCACGACCCUGAGAACUUCAACGUGAAGCAUCCUCUCAUGCACGAGUGGACCCUGUGGUUCACCAAGCCUCCUAGCGGCAAGGGCGAUAACUGGAACGACCUGUUGAAGGAAGUUGUCACAUUUAACUCGGUUGAGGAAUUCUGGGGAAUCUACAACAACAUCACGCCGACCUCUGAGUUGGGCCUCAAAGCAGACUACCAUCUUUUCAAAAAGGGUAUCCGGCCUGAGUGGGAAGACCCUCAGAACAAGCACGGCGGCAAGUGGUCGUAUUCGUUCAAAGACAAGCGUUCUGUACCUAUCGACGAUCUGUGGCUGCACGCCCAACUGGCAGCCAUUGGUGAGACUCUCGAAAAUGAUGGCGACAGCGAGGUUAUGGGAGUCGUUGUGAAUGUGCGUAAGGGUUUCUACCGUGUCGGUCUGUGGACACGGACUGUGGGCAAGAGCAUUCCGGGAGACAAGAGUUCCCGCACACCUGCUCAGGGCAAGGACGUUCUCGAAUCCAUCGGCCGCCGGUUCAAGGAAGUCUUGCGUCUGAACGAGGCGGACGUUGUGGAGUUCUCUGGACACACAGACAGUGCACACAGCGGUAGCACGAGGGCGAAGGCCAAGUACACUGUUUGA